GCGCCUGCGCCGAGUGGGCCGCGCGCCGGAGCCGGGAGCCGGGAGCCGGGGGCCGGGCCGCCCGCCUCGGCCCCGCCGGCAUGGAGGCGGAGUGCCGGGUGCUCUCCAUCCAGAGCCACGUCGUCCGCGGCUACGUGGGUAACCGGGCGGCCACGUUCCCGCUGCAGGUUCUGGGGUUUGAGAUCGACGCGGUGAACUCUGUGCAGUUUUCAAACCACACAGGCUACGCCCACUGGAAGGGCCAGGUGCUGACGUCCGACGAGCUGCACGAGCUGUACGAAGGCCUGAGGCUGAACAGCGUGAACCAGUAUGACUACGUGCUCACAGGUUACACGAGGGACAAGUCCUUCCUGGCCAUGGUGGUGGACAUCGUGCAGGAGCUGAAGCGGCAGAACCCCAGGCUCGUGUACGUGUGUGACCCGGUCAUGGGCGACAAGUGGAGCGGCGAAGGCUCCAUGUACGUGCCGGAGGACCUGCUGCCCGUGUACAGAGACCAGGUGGUGCCCGUGGCCGACAUCAUCACCCCCAACCAGUUUGAGGCUGAGUUGCUGAGUGGCAGGAAGAUCCGCAGCCAGGAGGAAGCCUUGGAGGUGAUGGACGUGCUGCACUCCAUGGGCCCCGACACCGUGGUCAUCACCAGCUCCGACCUGCCCUCCCCGCGGGGCAGCGACUACCUGAUCGCGCUCGGCAGCCAGCGGAUACGGGGGCCCGACGGCUCCUGCGUGACCCAGCGCAUCCGGGUGGACAUGCACAGGGUGGACGCCGUCUUCGUGGGCACCGGGGACCUCUUCGCUGCCAUGCUGCUGGCCUGGACGCACAAGCACCCCGACAACCUCAAGAUGGCCUGUGAGAAGACUGUGUCAGCCAUGCAGCACGUGCUACAAAGGACCAUCCAGUGCGCACAAGCCCAGGCUGGGGUGGGGAAGCCCAGCCCGGCCCAGCUGGAGCUGAGGAUGGUGCAGAGCAAGCGGGACAUCGAGGACCCCGAGAUCGUCGUGCAGGCCACGGUCCUGUGAGGCCACGCGCCCGCCGUGGCGCACAGCGUGUCGGCAUGCCCGUGCUCGUCCUUGUGAACCGACAUGGCCCGAGACUUGUGUUGUUGUCCCUCGUAACUGGUCUCGAUCGUGACCCGCGCCAGCCCAGCAGUCACAGCCACCCGGGAUGGAUGGGGAGACCCCGCUCCCCUCCGCCGCGGCUCGGGCCUCCCAGGAGAGCAGCUCCGUCCCACUUCCCUGGGGGCGUGGCAGGGGGCGCGGCCCGCUGCCCCGUGUGCUCACGCUGGGCCGCUGCCUGCCACGAUUCCCCGUGCCCCUGGGCUGGCGCCUCUGGGCGUCGAAGGCCCCGCCCAUCUCGCCCGUCGUCUGGUCCUGCCCUCUGUCUCUGUCGAGUUCUUGUUUCUCUGCGGCUUUCCCAGGUCCCUGGGGGUCUCGUGUCUCACACGGUUGUCUGACCGAAGGGAACCAUUACCGUCUGUCCAGGUGCACACAGGCACCGCGGCCACACAGACAGGGACCAGUGAGGUCAGGUGGGUCCACAGCCUCCCCGGGUGUCGGCGCCACCUCCCGUGUGUGCCCGGGGCUCCCCCAGUGGGGGUAGCACUAGGCCUAGGUCGCUGUGAGGGCCUGGGGAGGCAGCCAUGGGUGUCCCCCAUGGACACCCAGCCUGGUUAAUGGUGCUGCGUGUUGGCCACUGUGUGUGUGUGGAGGCAGGGACAGUGGACCGAGGAGGCAGUGUCCCCACUCCUGUCCCCCCCACUCAGCUCUGUGAUCUGUGCCAGCUGCAGGCGGAGAGGUCCUUCCUGGCAAGUGACGGCACUAGUGUGGUGCGGGUGGGGCAGCCCUCAGACCCCCAGAUAAAGGCCGCAGCCACAGCCCGGCAGGGCCCAGGGUCUGGGGGCCCUGACCCUAGCAUCCCAUCCCCCACCCAGAGGUCCGCAUCUGGGAACCCACAGCUGAGAGAGACACUGGGAGACAGCAAGAAGUGGGGGCCUGUGUGGCCCCAGGACAGCAGACUCUCUGGGGGGUACCCUUGUCCCCCACUGCCAGCCCCCGCCCCACCGCCUGCACCUCUCCAGGGUGUGCAGUUCCAGGAUCUUCCAGAAACCCAGCCACCAGCAGGGCAUCCUCCUUUCUUGGCGAAGGCCCUGGAGCCCUGGAGCAGAUGCCCCGAGUCCUCCCCCAGGCGCCCCAGGCCGGGCAGCUCCUCUCCGUGGACACCCAGUGGAACCCAGUGUACCGCUCCCCAGGACACAGGGCUGGCUCCUCGGCGCCCGGCUGCUGGGCCCCACCAGGCCCCCCGACCAGCAGGAAGAGGGCAGCAGGGGCCGGUGCCCUGGAGGGAGGCAGCCUCCCAGAGGGUGUGGGGAGCGCAGGAACUGGGCGGACGACACACGGCCUUGUGGGGGAAGAGCCGCUGGGGGCGUGGCCAUGGUGCCAACUUCAAAGCACACGUAUCUUUUUUUUUUUUUUUUCUAGUAUCAGGAUCAAAUCUAGGACUGGGGACAGAAAUGUCUGAGGAGCUGAGGCCGGGGUAGGGGCUGGCACGUGCCGAGGCCUCGCUGGACGGCUGCCUCCUCUUGGAGGUGGGGUCCCCGUGCCUUGGUUCCUCCUCCCCCCUGUGUUAACCCGUGGUGCCGCCAGGGUUGUUCCCUGCACAGGAGCUUCCUGCAGCCGAAUUCUGUCCCCUUUGGCCAUACAGCCUGCAUGACCAGGAGGGCGUGUGGCUGAGCCAUGCGAGGGGCCGGGGUGACAUCCGGGUUUCUGGGAGUGGGUGGUGCCUUGGCGGCAGGCAGGACUCAUGCAGGAAGAGGAUGUUGGGAACUGGGGACCCCCGUGCCCCAGGCUCGUCUCCCCGUGGAGGGGCGCAGUCCCUCCACUCCACGUGGGCCUCAGCAACCGUGGGCACAGGUGGGCUGGGUUUCAGAUGCACCUGGGAUCCAGGUGACAGUUCUGUGGCCAAGUGGCGCGUCGGGGCCCCGCCUGCCUGCUGCUCCCCGGGUGCAGAGCCGCCCCAGGCUCUAAUCCAGCCACGCAUGUCUUGUCCCUUGGACUGUACCGAUGACUUAGAACACGUGGUCCUUUAAAACUCCACCAGUCCCACCAGGGGGGCUGUGCCGGGGAGUCCUGGCACCAGUGAUUGUGAGAGGCGUGGGUGAGCGCGGCAAGUGGCGGGCAGGAGCCACCCCCAGGACCUGCACCCUCACGGGGCAGAGCAGCCCCGAGGCAGGCACAGGCUGGCGUGGCUGUGGGGAGCAGCUGGCCGGGGUUCCCGCAGCAUCCCCCUAUGGGCACCUGGCUUCCUCUCUGGUGGGAGGUGAGCGUGGUCUCGCUGCAGCUCUGCUCCCCCUCUCCUCUCGGCAGGACCAGCUGUGUGUGGGGGGAGGGGUCCACACUGAUGCUACCCAGAGGUGGCACACGGCUGCCUGGAUGGCCAGGAGUCCCCUCCUCCUGGGGCUUCUCCCAAGCCCCCGCCUGGGCCCAGAGAUGCGCCUGGACUUUGGGCAGUGUGGGUCCUGUGUGCGUGGGGCACAGGAAUGGGAACUUCUGGCUCCGAGUGUCCCCUGGGUGGGGGCCGGGGGGAGCCACACACCAUGCCCAGAGAGGUGGAGCUGCUGCAUUUGUGUCCCGCCACCCGGCCUAGGGGCUUCCCUCCAUCUCCUCUACAGCUCCCUGCACUAACACUCCCAGCAGAAAGACCCAAGCCUCCCUAAGCGGGCCCUAGACCUUGAUGCCGGCUGGCCUGAGCAUGGCCACAGCCCCCAGGACUCCUGGCACGUGAGCCAUGGGGAAGCUGGGCGUGUGGGGUCCCCUGCGGUGUCCUUGCCGCAGAUGCAAAGGGUGUGGCACACCUGUGUCCUGGGGACAGUGUGGGUCCUGCGUCUCCAGGCAGGUGGCCAGCAAGGCCAGAGGUGGCCAGGCAGAGGCAGCAGCAGGGCCCUGGUCAGCCGCCCUCCUGGGGAUUUUUUUUAACUGUAUACAUCUCUGUUAGAUCGUGUGCUCGGUGCCCUGCCCCGGCUCUGCAGGACAGCUGCCCGGGAGCUGCUGCUGGCCUCUCCUGCCCCUGGCCCGGGUUCAGUUGCUUGGCUUGGGCCCCUCUGUUGUGUAUGUGUCCCUGCCGACUCCGGUUCAUUCUGGGUGCAGGAUGUUCUAGAAUGUUCUCUGUUCUUAAUGUUCGAAGACAUUAGUUAUAAAAUGAAGUCUUAUAACGCAGAUUUCUGCCUUUGUGAUGACGUGUGUGUGUGUGUGUGUAAAACAAUUCAAUAAGUAACUUAGACCUGACUUAGUGAAUGUCUCAAACUAUCUAUUAAUGGAAAGUUGUUCUGGAGGUGUUUUCUGUUUUUUUAAAAAAUUCUGGAAGAAUAAACAGGUGUUUUCAAAAGUU